AUGCUCCUGCAAGAAACCCACCUCACCGAAGAAGAAGCUGACGAGCUGGAAAAGAACUACCGUAGGCUAAAGGUGUUCGCGUCACCGAUGCCCGGUCGGGAAACACGAUCAGCGGGAGUAGCAUUCGUCGUGAACAUGGAACGCGUAGCAUGCACGGACAUCAAACACGAAGUCAUAGUACCCGGCCGCGCCGCCACACUGACGAUCCCAUGGCAAGGCGGAAAGUCCUUCACGGUACUCAACAUAUAUGCCCCGGCCGACAAAGACAGCGAGAAAACCGCCUUCUUCCGAAGCAUCGGGGAAGCCUACGAGCAGAGGUCCACCCUCCCCAAACCAGACUACAUGGCCGGUGACUUCAAUGUUGUAGAAAGGGGGAUGGACCGGUCAACCGGUGACGACGACACGCACACGGUCGUAGACGCGCUUUGGGACCUCAAGAUCCGCUUUAACGUCCAAGACACCUUCAUAACGCACUACCCAGACAAAAGAGACUACACAUGGCGCGCAAGAGGCAACCACGGAACAUGGGCAAGGCUAGACAGAGGGUACCUACGCUCAGCCCUUAUGCCGUACAUGCUCUCGAUAGCAAUCCGGAAUGCAGGUAUACAGUCCGACCACUUAAUGCUUGUGAUGGAAAUUGAAGGAUGCGACGCGCCAUACCAAGGCCCAGGACGCUGGUCCAUGCCCCUCAACCUUCUUGACAACAAGAAGGUCAUCAAAGCGGUGACACAACUAGGCAUCGACGCCACAGAGGCGAUGGCGCAGAUCGAAACACGCACGGAAGAGAACAACCCGCAACUCAUCCUCAGCCAGUUCAAGUCGGACGUGAGAACCAUGAUGCGGGAAUACGACAAAGUGAUGAAACCUCAGUCACUAGAUAGGCGACUAGCCGCACUAGAGAAAGAACGGCAUCGCCUACUCGAAGAGGGUCACCUCGACGCCGAAGAUCUCGCAGACCUAGACGACACCAUCCGCACUCUAACAAGCCUGAAGAAUGAAAGACACAAGAUCAGAGUCCAAACCACAGACUUUGUUAAAGGAGGGCGCCCGGGAAAGUACAUGAUGGCUCAGAACAAGCCCUUCCAACUGAAGGAGCAGAUGAUCCGAAUGAGAAAAAUCCCGGAUAUGGAAGGGCCCAGAGCAGCCAGACAAGCGGCGAGAAAAGCACGAGCGGCGGCUUCUCCCAGCCAGCCCCAAGAACCCCCGGAGGACAACAUUGAAGCGAUGCGUCAAAGGCAACAAGCAGCAGAAGCCACACACCUCACCAGAUCGGAGGACAUGGCCGAAGAAAUGGCGAUGUUCCACGAAAACCUGCAAACCCAAGAUCAGCCGUCCUCACCGGAGGCUCACCAAGAAGCCAUUGAUGACGCCAAGCCCUUUGUAAAGAACAAACUGACAGAGGACCAGAAAGCAGGCCUACGGACAGGCGCGAAUGUGACAGACUUUGAACACACCCUAAAAUUAACCAAGAACGAAUCAGCGCCGGGCAUCGACGGCCUCCCCUACGAGUUCUGGAAGAAGUUCACAAAGCUAGCCAACGAUAAGCGCUACAUCGCGAGAGCAGACGACAUCGUGGAAAUGGAGCCACUUUUCGACCCGAUGGCCAUGCUCACAACUGUCUUCGAAGACGUAGAACACCACGGCCACUGCAAAGCCGCGGGACUGAAUGAAGGGGUCCUAUGUCCAAUACACAAGAAGGGUCCCAAAGACCUACCAGAGAACUACCGGCCGAUUACCCUCCUGAACACAGACUACAAACUAUACACGAAGUUCCGAGCCCUUCAGCUCGCAGACGUCAUCGGCGAUCUAGUACCUGACGAUCAAACAGGCUUCAUCCCGAAAAGAUCAAUCCUGAAUAACAUCUCCCUCGCAAGAAUGAUUGUAGCCUACGCCGAGGCCUACAAUGUCGAUGGUGCCAUCAUCCUACUAGAUCAAGAAAAGGCAUAUGACAAGAUCGACCUAAACUACUUGUGGCAAAUCGUAAGGGAAUACGGCCUCCCAGAGGAAUGGAUACGACCCAUAGAGUCACUGUACGCCGAAGCGACAUCGAGAGUCAUCAUAAAUGGAGUACAGAGCGAACCCUUCAGAGUGUACAGAGGCGUCAGACAAGGGGACCCGCUGUCAUGCCUCCUCUUCGUGCUCGCAAUCGAGCCACUCGCAGAAAUGCUCCGACAGUCCAACCUAAUUGGCAUCGAGUGCCCGCAAGGAGGCGAGCGCCUCAUCACGAACCUUUUUGCCGACGACACGACAGUAUACCUGCAUGCCUCAGACAAAUUCAGUGAUCUUACGGCCAUACUCGACCGUUGGUGCAGAGCCGCACGUGCCCGCUUCAACAUAAAAAAGACAGAGAUCAUUCCAAUUGGACGAAAACAACACAGACUAGAUGUCAUCAGAACAAGGUGCAUCUCAGAUACCCAGGACCCAGUACCAGACCAUGUCCGGAUAGCCGCGGAAGGUGAGCCGUCGCGCCUCCUUGGAGGACGUAUAGGCAACGGCCUCUCAGACGAAACGGUAUGGGAACCUACCCUCACGAAACUGACUGGACGAAUGGCAUUCUGGUUUACGCGGGACAGGUACCCCGAGCUUAGGCAGCGAAAGAUGUUCACGGACUGGUUCACGGCAGGCAUGACCCAAUUCCUCGCAUCAGCACAGGGCAUGCCAAUAGCCAUCAUCGAGCGAGUAAUGAAAAUCCAGGAGCAGUUCUUCUGGAAGGGCACGAGUCGACCCACAAUCAAUAGAGCAACUCUCUCUAGACCGAAGACGGACGGAGGAGCGGGCCUCAUCGACCUCACACUGCGAGAAGAAGCGAUCAUCCUAAUGAGACUAAAGUCCUGGCUCUCGAGCGAAGACCGCCCGCGCUGGACAAAGUACGCAGUAGCCAUAAUCGCCAAACUCAUCAACACUGACUCGGGCCAGACGAGCAAACAAGUGAAUGCGAAACAACGCUGGGACCCUUUCCUCCAGGACUGGGACCCCACCGCAGAUGGCAAGAAGAUGAAGCAUUGGCCCCCCGAACUGAAAGAGAUGAUGCACAUCGCACGGAAACACAGAGUCGGCCUCUCAGUCCUAGCCCCCGCCCAAGAAAUACGCAAACAACUGACAAUAUGGCACCACGUCCGAUUAAGUCCCCUAGAGCUCGAAGAGCGCAACACCAUGAGGCGCAUGAUGCGCUGGAAUCUGAGCGAAUGCCUGAUCGAGCGACACAAAACAAUUACGGUCGAAGAUCUGCAACGGGCAGCUGCCAGACGUGCAAACCUCCCCGACUCCAAUCCUCACCGACCCACCCGUGACUGCCAAUGCGACCCAUGUGUACAAGACCGCGCAUACUGCGACAACCCCCACAACUGUCACCUCGUGGUCGUCGGAUUGUGGCAGAUAAUAACGAACUCCCGCUGGAAUCCAGAACACAAGGAUCCCCCCAGAGACCUACGAACACGUAGCCAAGCAAGAAUCCGCGACGGCACACCCCUACUAAUACAUAAGACGAUUCUUAGCAACGCGAAGUUCCACAAAUCAUUCCGGGUCUUCAGUGACAAAUGGCUCUCUGAUAACCCGCUCAAGGCUGCCCGCGAAGAUGCCGCGGAAAUGAUCGAUGAUGCCUUCAGAUCGGCGAGCGCCAGACUAGCACCCUGGCCAGAGGAACAUGCAGAAAUAGCGGCCAAGGCUGAGAUCUCGAACAACUUCGUCCAUAUCCGACUAGGAGCGAUACGAUACGACCAAAGUCCUGAGGAAUCCGUAAGCUUCAACCUCAGGGAAGAUGUCGAAGUAGAACAACUCACUAUGAACGUGGAAAACGACCCGCGACUACCCCUUAUCCUAGCAAUGAUAAAGGUGAUUCGGCGCACACCGGAUAAUAGACAACUGACAAUAGCGACCUCCGAUGAGUCCAUGGUCAGGGACCUCACCCUAGACAGGGAAACGAACGAAGACGCGGACUUCAUCCUCGGGACCAGCGCCGAAGCCUGGCGCCUCCUGACGGCAGAAAUCAACAAGCGGUCAGCUCCCACACUGAUAGCAUGCCGUGAAGCGUCACCCCCGAUGGACGUCCUCCUCGAGUCCGCGAGAUUCAAGCCGCAGGAACGAGCACGACAAACACUUGACGAACAGUCCGCACUCCAAUGGCGCCCGCGGGGAGUUCCACUAGCGGAGGCAACCCAGCGCUCCCUCUACAAGAUCCUCAGGCGGGAACACCCUACCCAAGACCGAACGCCAACACUAGUCAACCUGGACUGUGCGCGAUUCGUAGCAGCCGAAAAUAACGGACCCUUCCCCCCAGACGAGGCAAUAUGGCGGACAACAUGGAGUCCGAACCUUACGAGGAAGGACCAAGAAUUCAUGUGGAAGUUGCUCCACGACGGCUACAAGGUCGGAGAAUACUGGAGGAGAAUGGACGACCCAGAAUACAACAGCCGAAAGUACUGUUGGGAAUGCGGCGACGACUGCGAGUCUAUGAGACACAUACUGACAGAAUGCGAAGAAUCGGGUCAAGAUACCUUCUGGGAAGAAGCGCGAAAGCUAUGGGCCCACCACAACCAAGGCGACUGGCCGAAAGGAGACAAAUUCGGUGUCCUGCUAGCCGCCGGGCUGCUACGAUUUGAAGACGACGACGGAAAGCGGGAGUUGGGGACGGAGCGUUGCUUCGUCAUCCUAGUCGCCACGGCAUGGAGAUGCAUUUGGAAUGCACGAUGCAAGAGAGUUAUACCAGGACCGAACGGCGAGACCAGGCGCAGAUCAACAGUCGAAGAACGACGUGCGACAUGGUGGAAAGCAAUCAACGCGCGUUUCGCGCAGGACCAAAGCGCAACGCAUAAGAGCUACGGCAAGCUCGCGAUCAAGAAAGAUCUACACACGGUGUAUGAAGCGGAAGCGGUGGGAAUCAUCCUCGGCGCGCACUUACUGGCGUCCGAGGAACAGGAGUUCGCAUCGGAACCCAGCAGUAUUAGCCUGGACAACCAGGCGGUCAUCCGAGCAUCUGAACAUCAGCAGCGUGCUCAACCCGGGCAUGGUCUCCUCGACAUUUUCCGUGACCAAACUGAGCGUCUAUUGCAGGUACGCGAUGAGGGCUACUCGCUCAGUGUACGAUGGGUCUCUGGGCAUGACGACGCCGAGUUCAACGAGAUCAUCGACGAGCAAGCGAAGCUGGCCGCGGAGGGCCACGAAAGCGCGCUCGCCGAACUCCCGCACGUGUUGCGCACCCGCCUCAAGACAAGCAUCUCGGCAGCCCGCCAAGAAUACGCGCGCCGAUUGGACGAGCGGUGGCAACAAGAUUGGCUCAUGUCCCCGAGGUACGAGCGGCACCGCCACUGGGCGCCGAACGCGGCCUCGCGAAAGCACAUACGCGCCACCGCAGGCCUUUCGCGCCUGGCGAGCUCUACGCUCUUCCAAAUACGGUCGGGCCAUGCGCAGCUCGGCGCACACCUGCAUCGUAUUGGCUGCCUACCGAGCCCGACUUGCGAGGCAUGCGGCGAGGCAGACGAGACCGUCAAUCACUACCUCUACGAUUGCCCGCGCUGGCAAGACGCGCGACAACGUAUGCGAGAAGCAGCGGGCAAAAUCUGGCGAGAUCGCGCCCGCAUGCUGAGUGAUGAGAAAGGUAUUGUUGCAAUUCUGGAGUUUACGAAGGAGACGGGAUGGGGGGCGAGAGGCGAGAAAGAGUCGGAGGAUGGACGGCCGGAAGGGGGAUCAGGGGAAGCUCAGGAGGACGAGGAACGGGAAGUUGAGCAGGAGAAGGUGGACGAGAGGGGAGAGGAGGAGGAGGAAUAG